AUGAGUGUAACAGGCAGCGACCCAGGUAAUGGCCAGGUUUUAGCAGAUAAUCCAUCUGACCCAGGAAAGAUAAUCUCUAAGGUUAUCAAUUAUGUUUAUUCCCGUUUGAAGUUAGAUAAAAAUAUAGAUGAAUGGACUAAUGAGCUGCAAGCAAGAGCCUUUGAAGAACGUUGUGAUAAGAAAAAUUCCCAAUAUUCAGAAAAGGAUCAGAGCUCCUCCAGCAUAAUUAAGUUUUUAAAUAGUACAGUAUCCAAAUUUUCCAAGAAAGGUUCUUCUCAGAUAGCCAAUCACUUAGAACUGUAUGAAUCCACUAUGGAUUCUUUAAAAUUAUACUCUGAUGCUGACCGGAUUAGGUUCCUUCCAUGGGCAUUUGAUGAUAGAUAUCGUCAUUACUUUACAUCCUUUAAGGAGAGAGGAGUACAAGAUUGGCCAAGUGUUUUGCAUGAGGUUAAAUUGGAAUUCGGUCCAUACCGAACCACUACUGCUGCAAAACGGGACAUAUAUAGCCUUACGUGUAGACCCAAUCAAAGUCCCCGUGAAUUCCUCUCUGUCCUCAAAAAUGCCUAUGGGUUGGCAUAUAGAUCCCCAAACUGGGAAUCUGAAGAAUUCAAGCAGUUAUUCUAUGAUGCUAUGCCAACCCAGAUCAAACUUAACUUAGCCAGAGAUCUGGAUAUUGAUGCUCCCUUGGAUAGGUUGGUGACGGCUGCCACCAUGCUGUAUAAUAUCAGUGAGUGCCAUACAACAGGUGAGAGAAGGUUUAAAAAUUCCCCAGAGCAAAAGGUAGCUGAAGCUAAGGUAAACCCUAACUUGGGAUUUGAAAGCCAGCCACGAAGGUUCCCUCAGUCUACAGGACCUUCUCAACAAGCCCAGCAACAACAGGUAGGACCGCCCAAACAGACCAAACCCCAAAAUAAUAAUGGAUCAGAGGGGAAUAAUUCAGGUAAUGGGAAGUCUAACUACCGUCCCUAUUACAAUAACGUUCCCCAGGGAUAUAGGCCCUAUAACAAUCGAGUUUAUCAGGGUUAUAGACGUUGGGAUAAUAGGCCCAGACAACAGAGGGAAGAUAGGCAGGAAUCCUUGAAUUCACCCAGGAGUAGGUCACCUACCAAUAACCAGGGUGCCCAACAAAGCCAAAAUGUGCCCAAACCAAUACCCCUGACCCUGAAAUUAGGGCCAGGGGGGAAAUGUCUAAUAUGUCAUUUGUCUUGCAGUCUAGUGAUGUCAAUUCAGUUGACCAGAUGUCUGUUCCAGUGUAUAAUCACAUCGUUCCAGCAUCUAGCCAUGAGCCAGCUGUGA